AUGCCUGGGCAUCUAAGUCAUUUGCUCACGCCGGUCAAUCGCCUGGAUCGCGACCAGCAUAUGAAGGACAACCCGCCUCGCCCCUACCGGCCAGGUUACAAAUUCUCAGCACGCCCUCACAAACCCCCCGCCGCCUUCUGGCACAGAGAUUCCCCGCGAACAGGUCCCUAUGCCGAUGAGAUCUGGUUACAGUCUGUAACGCGCAUGGAGGCUGUCCUGAGAAAUCCUCCUCUGGAAGCAAAGGGUACCUCUCAUCGCGUACUCCGCUCCCACCGCACAAUCACACUCAAGAUCACCAAGAUCCUCGGCGGAAAGAAGGACUACGAUGAUGUAUACGUUGCCGUCUGCACCGUGUCGGGGCACUCUACUCGCUAUCUCAACCUCCCCAGCACAGUAGUUGCCAAGAUCUACGACCUGGUGUACUACAGCCUGCGGAGGAAGAACGCGUACCUCAACGCCGCACACAAGGCCGAUGGGGACUACUCUCGCGAAGCUGCCGUCCACGAGCGGCUCUCCUCUACCAAGACAACUAGCUCUAGCUCUUCAACUUCGCCGUCCUUCACCCCGACAUACUACGGUGCCUGGACGUUCGAUGUCGCGGUGUCGUACCCUGCUGUACCGAAGGUCGAGAGCCGUGCAGUCCGGCUCCUGCUCAUGGAGUACAUCUCUGGCCCAUCCUUGGAUCGCGUGUGGCGCAAAUACCUUUGGCAGCUUUUCAUCCCUUCGGCGGAAGAAUACCGCAUGACGAUUUGGGCGGCCGUUCUUGACGCUCAGGCUCGCCUGGCAGCCUGCGGAGUUAAACAUCGUGACGAGGCACUACGGAAUAUUGUCAUCUGCCCCGGACCGGCGGAGACGAGUGACGGAUCACUGGAUAUCGUAAAGCAGAAGCUCCUGCCCCCGCCGAGGGUCGUGGAAAUCGAUUUCGAAAAAUCGGGUUUGAGGCCGCUGCCUGGUGGCCGAGAUUCGCGGCCUGAGAAUCCAAUUGACCGUGAGUGGGUGGCACGCGCCUUCACGGAGCUCGGUGGCUGGCUUCCGUAUUGGUACCACCAUGAUGCAUCCCGACGGAGGCGGUGGCUUGUCAGGCAGUUUGGUGGCGAGAAGCGGGAGGCUUACCGGCCGAUCAAGCAGGAUCUUGGAUCUUUGCACUUGCAGUAA